AAAUUAACCACGAAGUUAUCAAUAGAGUGCCGAUUUUUAAUUUUAUCAUAAACUUUACUUAACGCGAAUGUUGUGAUUUGAAAAAAAAAAAAAAAUGAAAACCUUUAAUUUCAUAGUCUUUUUUAUUUAUAUUAAAGGACUUCUUGCAGAUCCGUGUCCAAACAAUACACAACUUAGUUUGAGUCAGUGUUCUUUAAAUAUAAACAUCCAAUACUGGAAUGUACAACCCUACGAAACAAUUUUUAAAAGUAUCAUUGAAACCGCUGUUCGAUCUUGUUGCGGAGAUUGUGUCAACUUCACUUAUAACCUUCCUGUAAGCGAUUCAGAAGCGUUAAAAGCAUUAAUUGGAGCAAAUUAUUCAGAUAUUGCAUUCCCGAUAUAUGGAGAUAUGAUUACAACUACAUUCCAAAAUUAUCCGUAUUUUCCGAUUGUAGAAUCCCCUGGUGUUAUUUAUAUACAAAAAAAUGUUAAAGUUGGACAAUCUGCAAGUGCAGUAAUAUCAGCUGUGUUACAAGGGUGGCCUGUGCUUGUAUUGACAGUUAUAAUGGCUGCUUUAUCAGGCAUUAUAAUGUGGGCGUUGGACUCCUAUUGGAACCCAACAGAGUUUCCAAGUUCAUUUUUCAAAGGCUCUUGGGAAGGAUUUUGGUGGGCUUUUGUUUCAAUGACAACAGUAGGAUAUGGUGAUCGUGCUCCUAAAUCAUUUGUUGCAAGAGUCUUUGCGUUUUUCUGGGUUUUAGUAGGAUUGGUGAUUAUUUCCAUCUUUACCGCAACUGUUACUACAUCAUUGACAACCCUAUCACUUAGCAACGAUGUUACUCUUUAUGGUACAAAUGUUGUGGCAAUGAACAAUAGUCAAGAACAAAGAUAUGGCAUACAAAGCAAUGCCGUUGUAAAACCCGUGAGUAAUAUAGAAGAAUUUGUAGAUCAAAUAAUCAAUCCAGGAAGUGAUUCAAAUGCAAUUAGUGGCGGUUUAAUUGACAGUUAUGUUGCAGGGAAUUACAAUAAAAAACUAAAUAAAACCUUUGUUUAUGUGUCCGAAGUAUUCGAUUAUCAAUAUGCUUACGGAUUUGUAAUUACAAACAAACUUAACGGACCACCUAUGGAACAAUGCCUACGAAAAACCCUUAGCUUAAUGGAUUCACAAAUUACUAAUACAAUACAACAAAUGAUGACUGCAAUACCGAAACCAGAUCAAUCAGCCGCAGAACAAAAAUCAUCAAGUUUGUUUGAUCCAGGAAGUGACAUAUUUCGUCAAGCUGUUUUUAUAUGCUUGGGUAUAAUAUUCUUUUUAACUGUAUGUGGCGUUGCAUGGGAGUAUUGCUACUGGAGACCAAAGCAAAAGAUAAACGAAGUUACAGAUAAAGAAGAAGAGCAAUUUGACACACCUCACUCCACUUUUGAAGAAUUAGUUGCGUCGCAAUGCCAAGAGCUUGAAGAUGCUAUGGUUACAGAAGUUAUGACGUUUUAUAAAGCAUUCAAUAAAAAGUUAGAUGAAAUUCGUCAAAAAAAUCUUCGAGAAAACUAUAGUGAAAAAGACCCAAAAUGGCUUGAAGGAUCAAACAUUGGUCUAAAGACUUUUUAACAACACGCAAUUAGUUUGAACUCAACAAAUCAUUUUAUGUAGUAAAUAUUUUGAAUGUAGCAUCAUCAUUUAAAUCAUUCAAAUCAUUUAAUCAUUGCAAAUCGUUUGAGCGUAAGAAAUUGUUGUAACUAUAUGAAUAUUUGCAGAGAUUGAAUCGCAGUUAAAUUUUUAAAAACUGCCUUUUGAAAUUAUUAUUAACACAUGCGUCUAUAUUAUUAUGUUAUUAUAUUUAUAAUUAUAUAUAUAAUUGAUUAUAAUUAUUAUCACUUCUUAAGUUCGUAUUAUAAAAAAACAGCAUCAACAUGCGCUUUAUGAUAUAACGUCACAUAGGUUUACAAGGAUUUGUAAAUCUAUGUUACGCUACUCUUUUAAUUUUUUUUAGUUUUAAAAUAUCUUGUAAAACACACAAACAUAAAUACACACGCGCGGACACACUUGCAUUUAAAAGUCUUUGUAAUAUAUUUAUUAUAUAAUUUUUUUUAAGAGAAGUAGACAAAGGCCAUUGUUUAUGCUUAUUGUUUGUUUAAAUAGUUAAGUAAAAGAGUAGUAGAAAUUUUGUUAGCAGUUACCGUGGUAACAAAUAGUGGUACCCAAUGGUACAUAAUUUUGUUAGCAAUUACUGUGACACCUAAUAGACAAAUAAAUAAUUUGUAAUAUGAGCAUUUGCUGUAAUAAUUUUUUUUAUUAUUGUAUUAAUAAAAAGAUAUUUUUAUUGAA